GAGUCCCCACUUCCUCAGCAGGACCCCAGCUGAGACUGGGUAGAGGUGUGGAGAAAUUCACCUCUAAAUCAAUGGUUCAACUCUAGCCCAGAUCAGUAAUGACUGAAAGGUGAUAUUAUCCCAUGACCAUGUGGUAGUCCAGGUGAAAUGAACUGAAUAAAGAAAAGAAUCUGGGUCUUGGAUGUUUGUGGGAUAAACCUCUAUCAUGGCAAUUGAAGUGGCUAUUGAUGGUCGUAGCAGAAAGGUCAAGAGCUGUACAGGCCAUGGAUACUGAAAUUCUCCUUGCCCCUUUUUGAAGGUUACUCUGCUCACAUAUGGUACCCUACUAACACUACCUGUCCCUUGCCUGUUUGGUGAUUGAGGGCCUUAGUCAAGCUACUUGGUCUGAGUCCUUUCCUCACCCCAACUUAACCUGCUUUUAAAAAGAGCAUUAAUGUUUGCUACAGAUGAUGGUGAUCCCCUCAUAUUAUAAAGUUUAUGCUGUGGAGGAAGGAGUGGUACAAGUCCAGCAUUGCACCACUGGGCAGCUCCAUCUAAUCAUAACUUAAAGCCUAGAUUUUCCCUAUGGUCAGAAAAAAAAUCCUGGUUCAGUGAAUCAGGAUCAUGAUUCUGCAUGGGACAGGACAGUUUAAGAUUUCCUGCACAGUGAUAAAUGGGAUUACAGAUCAGCUGUGCUACUCCAGUUCCCCUUAAUACAAGGAGAACAGCUUGGAAGUCUAAUGGUGACUUUUAUGUCUCUGGUAGGUGGUUUCAGUUACUCACCAUCUGUAGGGCUGGUAUAUCUGGAGGCUCUGAACCUUUGAAAAUCUGUGGCCAAAGUGGCUUUUUAUUCAUGCUAACCUGGCUAGGCGGGCAGCACUGUAUUUCUGUGAUGCUGAUGUGGUCAGGCUCAUCCUCUGUGAUUUCCAGGCUAGAGAAGCACCGGGAACUGGCAAAGGCAGUGCUGCGGAGGAAAGGCAUUCUGGGAGGAGCUACUCUGCAGCAACCAAAGCAAGCCUCAAAAAGGUCAGUGAAGUUUAACAAGGGUUAUGCUGCUCUGAGCCAGACAGCAGAUGAAACUCUGGUGUCCCUUGAGUCAGACAGUGAUGGGGAGCUGGAAUCAAGAGGUUCCUCCGGUUACUCUUCUGCUGAGCAGGUGAACCAGGAUCUGAACCGUCAGCUGCUGCAGGAUGGGUACCACCUUGAUGAGAUCCCAGAUGAUGAGGACCUAGAUCUCAUUCCUCCCAAGCCUGUUGCCUCAUCUUGUCCCUGUUGCUUUGGGGAAUCUCUGCCCUGCACGAUCCAGUAGCCUGUACAGCAGGGGUUGCACACAGUACAGGUCAAGGGCCAGGAGCUUCUACCUUUUUAUCUUGGGACAUUUGGAUGCCUCAUAGAGGUGAACGUGUCCAGCACUGAACUUAGGCAUUAGCUGAGUUGGACUCAGUGACUGGGGAACUGAAUGCUGCCAAUGCUGCACUAUUGCACCUGUUCUAUAUGAGCAGCAGAAAUCGCUUAUCCCAAAGCUACACUUUGUUACAUAUAGUGAUAUAAUAUAUUGAUAUGAUGUGCAGACAUCCAAGCUGCCUGUGUGCACCUGGUCACCUCCUUGGAGCCACGGAGAUGUGCUUUGUGCUGGCUGGCAGGGAAGGAAGAAGUCAGAACGUGGGUGCUGGUGCUCUCAUUUUAAAGGUGAACUCUGAAGUCAUUUGUAAAGGGGAAAAUUAAGGUUUUAUGUUGGUAACAACAACCUGUCUAGCAUAAAACCCAGCAAGUUAGUGCCCUCCUGUGUGGCUGCAAACACUAUUUUCCUCUUUGCAGUCUUCUGAGCUUGAAGUUUAGGGUCUGCUGUUUGUCCUGUAGUGAUCUUUAAGGCGCAGCUUUCUGCAUGCUGCCUUGGAUGGCUUCCAUGUUCUUACAGGAAAUGCUUCAUUUUCGGAACUGAGAGCAUGGCAGAUAAAUGUGGUAACUUGCUUCCAUGUUGAAAGAAGCAGUUCUGAAAGGCUUGCGAAGGUUUGGUUCGCUAGUUGUUGGUUCCCCUAAGAAGUAUCUUGCUUUCCUCCUUUGAGGUUCAUCUUUAACUAGUAGAGUUUGAUUUAACUGAAGGGAGAUUUUGGAUGGUAUUGGAGCAGGCUUCUUCCGGCAUUGAUACCAGGCAUUACAUGUUUUUGGGUGCGUCUGAUACACAAGGCCUUGGGCUUUCCUUCACACCUCUGUACAAGUGAUCUCACAACCUUUUUUGUAUUUAUUUUAGUGUUUGUCCCUCCUGCCUGGAAGGCUGGGGACCUUCUAGGACAGAGGUCAAUAGCUGGGAGCUAGAAAUCUUCUGGGUUGCAGCGAGGUAUCAGUAAAAGGGAAGGGCUGCUUUAUGACUCUCUGUAGAAUAAUGUAUGUAAUACAUUAUAACUGCUGCUGUUUUUUGUUUGGACUGGGGGCUGCACACUGAUGAGAACCAAAGCUUGCUACCCCUUGGGAGUACUGAAGGAGGCACUGUAUACUGGCUGGUGUUGAAAUGAGGGUAGAGCAAGUAUGACCAGGACUGUGAGCUUCUUAGAGGGGUUAUGUCUGCUAUGUUCAUUAUCUUGUUGCCUGCUUCAUGUCCCACACCUCAGCAAUUAUUAAGUACAUCACUGACUUGUAGUUGUCUGAUCAACUCAGUAGCACCUGGUAUUACAGCAGCCCUUUCUGAUAUCUCAGUGUCUUUUCUUUAGUGGUGGGUGUCUGGCAGACAGCUCUGCUGUGGAAGAGCUGAUCUUAGGACCAGGAUCUAGUUCUAAUUUAUUUGGCUAAUUAUUUUUAGUUAAACACUUGAAAACCAGAUUGGAGUCUUGUGCUCUGAUUGCUCAUACUGGUAGCUCUUCUUUGGGCUAUCACUUGACGCAAUUCUGGUUGCUGCUAGGCCUGUUUUUUUUUUAUUUUUUGAGGAAGGAUGAACAUGAACUGGAUGGGCUGUUGAAACUGUCCUGAACUAUUACUUAUGCUGGGAUGGGAGCCUGGAGUGCUAUGACUCAGAGAACUGACUCUCACCAAAAGGACAAAAUUGGGAAGUUGUAAUAAAAUCAUGAUCUAAAACAACUCUAAAACAAAGUUGUACAUUGUUUUAAAAUGCUGUGGUUCCAAAGUAUCUUGACAUUCUGAUCUUCAACCCCCAGUGCUCCAGUUAUCUUCAGUCCAUCAUGAAUUGCUUAUUCUCUCGGUCAGAAGUAGUUAAAACUGACCUCCCUAGCAGGAAGUUACAUCGGACACUAAUGGUAAUUGUUUGUAGCAGAUCUGUUUCGUAGAGAGGGGUUGCUGAGGCAGAGCUUGGAGAUCUGUUUUGCUUAAGUUCUGUUUUCUUUGCUGAUUAAAAAGUGUCACUGAAAGGGGGAGGGAGGCUCGAGGAACCGAGUCAAUACUGUUGAAGGCCUAGUCUUUCUCCCCCUAGCUUAUAUCAUUCAGUACUUGUCCGAAAUGCAGUGUCAGGAAUGAGGGGCUUCCAUGAUGCUGUUGGCUUCUGGUCACUGAAGAGAUUUCAGAGGGGCUGAGGAUAGAGUCUGAGACACUAGGAUUGCAGUGGAAAUAAAUAACAUGCUGGCUUGGAUGCCAGACUGACUGUUACAUCCUGAACAUAAUGGGGGCCACACGGACAGUGAGAGCAGGGUGGUUCAGUACUAAGAUCCUGGUCAGAACCAGUUGUCAAGGUCACAUGUCUGAUGAAGCUUAUUUACAUGUAAAGUGAUUUGAGUUUUCCUUUGCAGGUCUUUUCAAAGAAUGAUCCUGGAUCCAACUCAUUAAUCUGUAUGGUGGUAGAAGGUUGGCCCUUAUGCAUACGCACGGGGAUGAGGCCACAACCUGGCUAAGCCUCUAGCUGGUGUCAGUGGCCCACUUUCCUGAUUCUGGCAAUAGAAUAGAGGAGCCUGUAAAAGUAGCAUUCCAUGGGGUAUGCUGAGUCCUGCAGAGCCCUGCUGUCAUGGUCUGCAUCCCCGUGCUAACUACAGCCAACAUGCAUGCCUCGUUCAGCACCAGUGAUGGGGUGAUUCUCAACCCAGGUGAGCUCUCAUCAGUGCAGUGGCUUGGAAAUUUGUGAACAGGACACUUGCAGUGAGAACACAGCUUUCCCCUUGCCUGUGGACUUCAGUUAACUAGAGUAAGUUGGAAGAGGAUACUAUAUUUUUUUCCUGCUAAACCUUCAGGGCCUUAAUUCCAGUUCUUGCUGUGGGGAGUAGCUUUUUCAGUCAGUCAAGAGUGAUGGGGUUUAGCAGCUAGCUACUUUCAGGUCUUUUCUCAUGUGGUGCUUAAUGGUGCUUACUCAGCUACCAAGACAACAGCACGGAGUCAGGGCAGUACAGAACCUCUCAAGAAGUGAACAGGUCAUUUUGUGUGGGGGCUUGGGGCAGGGAGUUGGUCUGGCACAAAAUUAGAAAGCUGCCUUAAGUCAUCAUCCUGCUGCAUUAUGUGGAGGACAAUCAGCUUCCUGUAAAGAAAUCUGUUUAAUAUAAUGUCUUAGAGAGCUGAUAAUUUUAUAUAUAUUCCUAGUUCAAAAGAAGUGUUUAAUAAACUGGAUCUUGUGCUA